GAUUUCCAGGGGCUAGCGCGCCUCCAAGCGUUCGCGCACGUGCAAUGGAUGCCUCCUUGAGAGGCGGGGUCGCCCUCGGAGCCAAUGAGAGCUCGAGGGGGCGUGGAAGGCAGGGAAUCUUCCAGAGGCAGAGAAGCCCAAGGGACGUUCUAAAGAAGGUACUGGCAGGCAGACCUAGGAGAGGGCUAUGCAGUCUAAAAGGGAGUGCGAGCAAUGGUGUGAACGGGUGAAUCCAGAGAACAAGGCAGCCCUGGAGGCGUGGGUAAGGGAGACUGGCAUCCGCCUGGUACAGGUCAACGGGCAGAGGAAGUAUGGCGGGCCACCCCCAGGCUGGGUGGGCAGCCCGCCACCUUCGGGCUCCGAGGUGUUUAUCGGACGACUGCCCCAGGACGUGUAUGAGCACCAGCUGAUCCCCCUCUUCCAGCGCGUGGGGCGCCUCUACGAGUUCCGCCUGAUGAUGACCUUCAGUGGCUUGAACCGCGGCUUUGCCUACGCGCGCUACAGCUCGCGGCGCGGUGCCCAGGCCGCCAUUGCUACGCUGCACAACCACCAGCUGCGCCCCUCCUGCCAGCUUCUGGUGUGCCGAAGCACCGAGAAGUGCGAGCUGACGGUGGACGGGCUGCCUCUGAGCUUGAACCGCCGCACCCUGCUGCUCGCCCUCCAGCCGCUGGGCCCCUGCCUGCAGGAGACAUUGCUGCUACCCAGCCCCGGGUCGGCGCCCUCUCAGAUUGCGCUGCUCAAGUUCAGCACACACCGAGCCGCUGCCAUGGCCAAAAAGGCCCUGGUAGAAGGGCAGUCACGCCUCUGUGGAGAACAGGUGGCUGUGGAGUGGCUCAAGCCUGACCUGAAGCAGCACUUCCGCCAGCAGCUUGCGGGUCCCUCGCUGCGGUUCCUCCGGCCGGAAGGCAGCCAGCUAGCCCAGAGCAGGGAUAGGCUAGGGACCCAAGGGGCUCGGGCUGCUCUGCAGCUGCUGUGUCAGCGGAUGAAGCUGGGCAGCCCCGUGUUCCUUACCAAGUGUUUAGGCACAGGGCCUGCUGGCUGGCAUCGCUUUUGGUACCAGGUUGUGAUCCCUGGACACCCGGUGCCUUUCAGUGGCCUCAUCUGGGUUGUGCUGGCCUCUGAGUGGCAGGAUGGGCACGAGGUGGCCAAGGAUGCUGUGUCUGCACAGUUGCUGGAAACACUGAGUGAGUCCAGAACCAGCUUGUGGUCUCCUGGGGCUGAAGCAGGUAUUGUGGUUAGGCAGUGACCCCUCCCCCUCCUCUCUACCCGCAGCCUACAUGGGUGGGCAGAACCUGUGCCAUCUCCAGCCCAGCAGGCCUGGGCAGCCACUACUGGAUCACAAAGAGACAGGGGCCUGGUUACAGCUUCCUUGCUGGGGAAGGACCCUGCCUGUCACACCUAAGUGCUACUUUAGUUGUGAGGAACUUUGCCCUUCCCCCAUUGAGCCCAGGGUCUGAUUGGACCUAGUAUCCUUGGUCACUUCCCAGUUUGACAAAAUUCACCAUACCCACACAAAAAGUUGACUAUGAAUCUUUGUUUUUAUUUGAGCCAAAGGCCCUUCCUCCAACCACGUGCCACUGAUUUGGGCUUAUGUGUCUUUUCUUCUGUGCUGGUUGUAUUUAUAUUAAACCCCUGGUUGGUCUACA